GCCAUGGUUAAACAACGUCGAAGUAAACAAAAUGGGGGUAGUUUUAAGGGAAAAAAAUAUCAACGUUCAAAAAGCAAAAAAACAAAACAAAAAGGUGGGUUUUUAACCGAUUCCAUAAACUAUGGAUUUAGUGACUCCGAUAAACAAACAGGUGGUCGAAUACGUAAAAGAAUGUCUUGGGUUCAAAGGGUCGGAAAAAUACGCUAAACUAUUAUCUUGCGUAGGCGGUAUCGUACAAGGAGAAUGGUCGAGACGACCUAUGAUGUUAAGUCCCGGUGCUAGUUACCGUCAACGUGGUUAUGGAAAAAAACAACAAGGCGGUAUUUUACCCCUACUGUUGGGUAUGCUGGGGAUGGGUGGACAACGCGGAGGACGAUUAAAACAACGGGGAGGAUUUGUAGGAAAAAAACAACAAGGCGGUAGUUUACAAUUACUAAAAAUAUUUGGAAGGCAGUAG